GUGAGGAAAGUUGGGCUCUGGCUCCUUCUUCGCGGGCGGCGUUUCGGAUGCGGCGGAAGCAGAAGCGGCUGCUGCAGGCGGUGGGGCUGGCGUUGGCCGCCCUCGUCUUUCUCCCUAACGUGGGGCUCUGGUCCCUUUACCGGGAGCGGCAGCUGGACGCCGGCGGCAGCGAUGGAAGAGAAGGCGGCGGCGCGGGGGGAGCCCGCGGGGUGAUGGUGGCGGCGGCGGCUGUGCUGGCGCCGCCGGGAGCGGCAGCAGCCCGAGAGGAGGCGCAGGGUUUCCAUGCACAACAGAAGAAAGAAGCUUACCUUGGCAAUGCACAAGUAAAAAAGGACUGGCAUGAUAGAGAUACUAUCAGAAGAGACUUGCAACGGACAGGAAAUGGAGAACAAGGAAAACCAUAUCCUAUGACGGAUGCUGAGCGAGUGGACCAGGCAUACAGGGAAAAUGGCUUUAAUAUUUUUGUCAGCGAAAAAAUUUCUCUCAAUCGCUCUCUGCCAGAUAUACGACAUCCAAAUUGCAAUAGCAAGCUAUAUCUGGAAAAACUCCCCAACACCAGUGUAAUAAUUCCAUUCCACAACGAAGGAUGGUCAUCACUUCUCAGAACAGUGCACAGUGUUCUCAAUCGCUCUCCUCCUGAACUGAUAGCUGAAAUAGUGCUGGUGGAUGAUUUCAGUGAUAGAGAACACCUGAAAAAGCGCUUGGAGGACUAUAUGGCCCAAUUUCCCAAAGUGAGGAUUCUACGAACCAAGAAGAGGGAAGGACUAAUAAGAACCCGAAUGCUGGGGGCUUCCGCAGCAAUAGGAGAUGUUAUUACCUUUUUGGAUUCUCACUGUGAGGCAAAUGUGAACUGGUUGCCACCCCUUUUAGACCGUAUUGCUCGAAACCGCAAAACUAUUGUUUGUCCGAUGAUUGAUGUAAUAGACCACGAUCACUUUGGCUAUGAAACACAAGCUGGAGAUGCGAUGCGAGGAGCGUUUGAUUGGGAGAUGUAUUACAAGCGGAUCCCAAUUCCUCCUGAGUUACAGAAACCUGAUCCCAGUGACCCUUUUGAGUCUCCUGUAAUGGCUGGAGGACUGUUUGCAGUCGAUAGAAAGUGGUUCUGGGAACUAGGUGGAUAUGAUGCAGGCCUGGAGAUAUGGGGAGGAGAACAGUAUGAAAUAUCAUUUAAGGUAUGGAUGUGUGGGGGUCGCAUGGAAGACAUCCCUUGUUCCCGCGUAGGCCAUAUUUACAGGAAAUAUGUCCCCUAUAAGGUUCCAACAGGAGUCAGCUUAGCAAGGAACUUGAAGCGUGUAGCUGAGGUGUGGAUGGACGAAUACGCAGAGUACAUUUACCAGAGGAGACCUGAAUAUCGGCAUCUGUCAGCAGGGGAUGUGGCUCCUCAGAAAGAACUUCGCAGCAGUCUCAACUGCAAAAACUUCAAGUGGUUCAUGAAUGAAGUUGCUUGGGACUUGGGAAAGUUCUACCCACCAGUGGAGCCUCCAGCAGCUGCCUGGGGAGAGAUCCGUAAUGUAGGGACCGGUCUCUGUGCAGAUACCAAGCAUGGCAUCCUGGGUUCACCACUAAGGAUUGAAAACUGUGUAAAAGACAGAGGAGAAGCAGCCUGGAACAAUGUGCAGGUAUUCACAUUCAGCUGGCGAGAAGACAUCCGUCCAGGAGACCCCCAGCACACAAAGAAAUUCUGUUUUGAUGCUGUUUUUCACAACAGCCCAGUGACUCUCUAUGACUGUCAUGGAAUGAAGGGGAAUCAGCUGUGGAAAUACAGAAAAGACAAGUCCCUUUACCACCCAGUAAGUGGCAGCUGUAUGGACUGUAGUGAAAGUGACCGAAAAAUCUUCAUGAACACCUGCAAUCCCUCAUCUCCAACACAGCAGUGGAUAUUUGAACACACAAACUCAACAGUUUUGGAAAAGUUUAACAAGAACCUCGAUCUUUAAAGACUGUCCAUAUGUAUAUAUUGCAGCUAUAGUUUUUACAGGGGAGAUGACAAUUUUUUUAAAAGAAUAAUUUUUUUAAAAAAAUACGGUAAAAGGGAGAAUCUCAGGAGAGGGUGUGACUAUAAGGCCAGUCUUUACUUUGAUGAUGCUGCAUCAUUAUCUUUGAGUUAAUUAAAUCACAGCAGGAAGUUAGAAAUCCCCAUGAUCACUCAUAAUCUUAUGAUUCUUGGCUAUUAAGAUCACGUUUCAGGCAAGCAUUUUUUCCAUGAAGUGAUGUGCAACUCUCAUUAAUUAAGACAUUGUCUCAAACCUAAGUUGAUGGAUCCAUACUGCACCCAAGGGUGAGGGUUGUGUCUAGAUGGUUCAGAACAAUGUUAGCACCGGCUUAUCACACUGACCCUUGUUCUGGUUGUAUGAAGUUCCUUCUGCCUUAUAAGAAGUUCCUUCUGCAGGCAGUAGGAAUAGAAGAUGUGUGGGUGCUGCCUUGGAUAUUGUCUCUGUAAGUACUAGUGGUCGAGGGACAGGUUAUUUCUCCUUAGAGCUCCUAGUCUUUGUCUUGCACAACUCUUUCCCACUAACUUUUCAUUCAUUCUUCCAACAGCGGCUGAAAAUACCUGACAACUCUCUUAAAACUCCUGUUUAACAGUAUGAAUCAAGCAAAAAGGGCAACACCAAACAUCAUGCAAGCAGACUUUCACUUUCAUAAUGGGAUUUCUUCUCCGCUCCUCCUCCUGUAGCUCCUCAUGCUGCCCUAAACUACUCCAGAGAGUAAAUUCUCUAUCACUUAAUCAUAUCUAGGUACUACAUUCAUAUACGGGGGGGGGGGGGGCUUUAGUUUGAUGCUAGUUCUACUGGGUGCUUAACAAAAUGGCUUCUGGACAAAUAUAAUAUUCAAGCGUUUGAGGGAAAAAUAAAAUAUGUCUUGUGCAAUAACCCUGUACACAAAUAUCAGAUUGGGCCUCUUACAGAAUAAUUGGCCAUAUAAUUGGAGCUGAAACAGCACAAUUUUCUUCAGUGUUUUUCUCCUCCUUCAUGAAAUCUUUUAGUUGUGAGAAACUGCAGUUUCAAAUUCCUGCACCAAGCUGUCUGCUCAUUAUGAACUAGAGUGUGUUUUAUGCUGCUGGGAAAGCCUGCUGUUAAAAUAAUUGUAGAGCUUUCAAUAGGACUAUAGUUUUGGAAUACAGAACCAUUUUAUAGUAUAACAUCCCCAGGAAUCUCACAGUUUUUAUUUUGGACAAGGUUGAUGUUGGGGAUACCAGGACCUGAAACUCAUUCAUUGCAUAUGCUCAAAAAAUCACUGUAAUUAGUGAUCUGCACCUGCAAAUGGUGGUUAAAUAUGGUCCAUGACAUUCAGUUGUGUACUGCAUUUGCAACUCUCCCCCCCCCUUCAUUUUGUAACUAAUACUAGUUAGGCGAAUCAGCUGUGUCAUAAAAAACUUUUUUAAUUCACUGGCAUUUUGCCUUUUACCUAAAAGACCCUGGUCUACAAACAAGACUAAGGCUAAAACCAUAAGAUCACUCCAUAAAAUUUUAUUCCCAGUGACAUAAGUAAGCAUCCUAGUAAGAAUGUUUAACUCUAAUGGCCAACCUGUUAUUCCCAUCAAUGUAAUUAUGUUCCAUGUAGAACCAAUUUGAGAUGACACCAAGCCACAUUUAGGACGACAUGCACAAUAUUAUGGAAUAUUACAGAUUAUCCUACAAUAAAAAAUCAGCAAAGGUGCUGUAUAGAAACUGAAAUGUAGUCAAUGAUCAGUAUAGUUCAGCACCCUUCAGAACUCAGGCCUUCAUGCACUGCUCCCAUUCCAAAUAACUUACAUCAGGGGUACAAAACCAUAUUCAAGUGGGGUCAAAUUGCCCCCCACCAGGUCCUCUGUAGACUGGAUGUUGGCAGUGGGUGUGACCACACCAAUUCUGUUACAGGUUACAGCAAAUACCAACCUAUUGGAGCCAAGAAUCCCUUUAGUGGUGUGACCCUUGCAUUGAGCCAAAUAUUAUAGAUAUAAUUGCAGUAAAUAUCUGACCAAGUGCCAUUUUGGCUUGAUUAUUUUUUCAGCUGGUUGAAAUACUCAAUUUAUAUAAUGUUUUUGUGUUGAAUGUUCAUUUCACGCAAUAGUAAUCUUUACAACACUCUUGUGAGUUAGGCAGUAUAUUUAUGUCAUACGAUACGGAGAUGAAAUGUUAUGGCUUGCUAAAGGCUAUCUAACAAACUAGUGAUUGAGACAAAAUUUUGUCUAAGGACUUUUCAGUUUGCACUCUUAGCAAUUACACUACACUGACUCUGUAGAGGGGCAAUAUUGUCAGAACUCCACUGGAACCAAAUGCAACGUUAAAAGCAAAAUGUUAAAAGGAUUAUGAAAAUUCUAAUCUCCGCAGCUUCCUCUCUGCAGUAAUAUAAAUGUCUAUUCAAAAAAAAUUUAAACACUACCUUUCCUGCUAAUAUGGCUCAGUGGCAUUCCUUAAUGCAUUCAAUGCCUUGGAAGGCCCGGGCAAUUAGUGAAAUGUAUUGUUACAGGGGGCCAGCUGCUGGUUGAGAAAUGAAAAUUCAUCUCACUAUUUUCAUCUGUAAUUAAUUGCUGAGCAUGUCUACACUGGGGAGGGAAGGGAGAGGAUCUCAUGAUAUGCUGAUUGCCAGAUCCUCCCCUUUGUCAACACGUGGCAAAGGAAGGAGGAGGAUAUUGCGCCCGCCAUUUUUAAAAUUAUUUUUAUUGUAAAUGAGUGCACGAGCGCUCCAAUGAUAAGGUCGGUUUGUUUGUUGUUGUUUUAAAAUGAUCCUGUUCCCCCCACCCCACCCCCAGUGGGCACGGAGUGCCUGAAGAGCUCCGUGCCCGGUUCCCAGCUCCUCACAAGGAGCCAGGACAAAACUGGGAUGGCCGCCCACACCUCCCGCAGUCUUGGGACGAUCCCGAGACAGUGGGGAAAAUCAGGCUAUCCCGGUUAUCCCGCGAAAAUGGGAGGGAUCAUCCCUCCCUGCCCCCGGGAUCCCCUAUGCAUCAUGUGGAUGCACAGGGAUGAUCCUGGGGCGAUCCCCGGGAUAAGGCAUAGUCUAGACAUGCCCUCUGUCCCUGUUUUAAUUAUAAUCCUAAUAUUGAAAGCCAGAGUCUGAGCUUUAUAAGCCAGCAUGCAAGUCUAUGAGAUUUACAUGCUUGCUGGGAGCUGUAGGGCUUUUUCUGUCUAAACCUGGAUGGAAUUGUGCCCUUAGUCACCCUACUUGACCUCAGGGCAAGCAGUCUGUGUGAAGUUGCUCCCCACCUAGAAGCAGUGAUUCAAACAUAGCAUCUCAACUUGUCAUUUUGAAUAUUUGCAAUAGUUGUUGAAAUGUGUCUUGUUGCUAGCAGUGAUGCUAUCUGAAUCCUUGGAAGCUAUCUAAAUUAUCUUAGCUGCAGGAAAUUUUCCUGUCUGCUUUAGAAAAAUCUUGCAUGCAAACACACCCCUCUGUGGUUUAAUGGAGAAUAAUCAGUGUCAUUAAAAUCAAAUUGAACAGCAUCAUUAAAAUAAAGAAGUGCCUUUUAAAAUGCAGAUGUACAGCAAAUGCCUAAACUUGAACAAUUUCCUAGUGCCUUGCUGGACAAGAGUGGGGUGGGAUAUACAAGAGUUCAGUGCAGUGUGUAAUUAGUAAUGUUUGAAGGGGGAAUUUUGUGUUUAAAUAUCCAAUUUCAAGCUCACAUGGUAGGAUGGAAAUCUGGUGGUUUUGAUUUAGAAAACCAGAAAAUUCCCGGGUUUCACUUAAUUAAUUAAUUAAUUAAUUAAAGGAAACAAUGGAUGGAAGGAAAUAAGCAAGCAUCCCUACACACACACAAACACGGUUAAUCCUGACUAAGCUUUCUGAAUGGCUACUGAACGCAAAUGUUGGCACAUAAACAUAGUGUUCACCAUCUUGUAUCCUCCACCAGCAUAGACUCCAAGGAAUAUCAAAACAGGUUAGCUUCCACAAAGCAUAUGGGUCGGGGCAUAUUUGCUGCUAUCCAUUCAGUGUCAUAACAGAAAAGUCAGAAAGUUGUUCCCAUCCUUAUACAUGAUUACCUUUUUCAUAGUGAUUCCUAUUUCAACUGAACAAACAGGGAAAAUCUUCAGGACCUAAAAGCCUUAAUAUCAGCAGGCAUUGAACAGACACCAAGAUUGUGGAUAGUAUCAACACAUUCAGUGAACAUGUUGCUCCUGUAGGCCAUACUGGUGAUGUGUCAGAUAUGACUUUAUCUUUACAAGAAUCAAUAGGUCAUAUAAAAGGUACCUUUUCAUUAUAAAAACAAUAGAUUCACUGACACGAUUGAAGAUUUCAUUUUGGCCUUCCAUUUUUCUUAUGGAACUGUGAGGUAAGAAUAUUCACAGCUGAAAAGAACAGACAGAUUAUAGCUUGCUUUAAGCCUUAUAGGACUAUUCCCUGAGUGCUAGCACUGAUCUAAGAACACUGGUGUGAGAGAGUAUAAACUAGUCCAAAUUGGAUGUCAUGGUAACACGUAUGCAGGUCUGCCAAAUCACAUACAAAGAGGGCAGCUGAUUUUAAGAGCAGGGGUGGGUGCGAGGUGCUGAAUCUUUCCUGCAGCUGCCACUUACUUUCCUGUGGCCCCUUUUCACUUAGCCAGGCUUACUCAUAGAUAGGCUCCGAUACCAGAAGUGGCAUCGGGACAGCCUGCAAGGAGGGACACUGCAGGAAGGAUGAAGAAGGUUUAGCACAUUCUUCUCUUAACACACAAAACUGCUUUAGAUGUAAUUUGUUAGAGAGAUACAACUGCCAAUGUUACAUCUCUAGGUUGGCCCUUGAUUGUUGAUAUAUAUAUAUAUCAACAAACAUUAGGCGUUACUAACCAUUUCUUUCUCACACAUCAGCUUAAAGAUCAUAUAUGGAACAAGAUGACCUUUUAGAUUUUUUAAAAUUGAGUCAUUUGUGACCAUUAAUAAUGCGCUGCUUUAACUACAUUCUGUUCUGAACCCUCCUAAUUCUUCUGUAAUUACUCAGUUUCUACCAAAUGAGAGGUUUUUAAUUUGGAUCAGCUAGAACCAUGAAGACACAUUACAUUAUCACUGAUAAGUAGGUGCUUUUUAUCCCAAAUAAAAUUAUAUUAACCAAGUUCAUGACAUUGCAUUGUAUGUAACCAAGUUAACUAACCAAUAGUAUCAAAUGGACAAAUAUAUUUUGAGGGAGAAGAGGGGAAAUGAAAUGAUAGAGGCAUUCUUCAGGAAUUCUGGUUUCCCACCUUAUAAUGCAUGAACAAUUUCUUUGAAAUUGGAUGUUGCCGCAUAAAUUGUUGUAUUUAUUUUGUGCAUCUUGGGAUAAUGUCCUGUUGUGUUGGGGGAAGUUAAGGAUGUCUAGCACUUUAAUGUAGUAUCAUUGAUAAAUUGAAAAUCAUUUGGAUGUAAGGUAUAGUGUUUUUAAGAACUGAAUUGACUUUCUUUUAUAAUAUAUUUAAAAUAAAUUUUUAUUGUGUCCUUUUCUGAA